AUAAAAUGAUUUAAAAUGGUUAAAUUGCGUUAUGGUUUUCUUUCUUUUGUUUUAAUUCUUUUUUCUCUCUCUUUGAUAGGCAUUACACAGCCAGACUAUCUAGAUGCUAUACGUCAGAAAACAGAUCUAGAAUUCACUUGUAAAGGAUGUUCGGUUACAAUGGCUUAUGUGAGACCAGGAAUUCUUCUACGAGGUUUAAAACAUCAGUUCUCAUGCCUUUCUAUUAGAGGAUUUCAGCAUAGUUCAACUCAAGAAUGUACAACAACUCAGACACCACUGCUUCCAUGUCGACCACAUCUUGUUCACCAGGAUACUAAAUUUGAUCCAAGUUUGUCGAGAGCGCCUUUAAACUCACAGAAAACACACAAGUAUAGAUUUCUAAAUAGAUCCGUGACAGACACCAUUGUUGAUAACAUUCAACGUGUACCAGUUUAUGAUUGCCCAAAGAUAACAAAUCAAAACAAAGAAAUAAGUGUGCCCUCAUUAAUAAUAAAAAUACCUUCAUUACCAAUCGGUGAUCCAGAAACUACACCCACUGAGAUGGAGACUCCAGGAAUCAACCCUGUAGAAAAGUUGGCACAUAGAGAUAGAAUGAGGAUCAGACGAAGAAAAAUGAAGAAACAUCAGCGACAGAGAAGAAAGGCAAGAAUAUGGCCAAUUUUACGUAAACAAAGGUAUCAGAAAAGUUUGAAAAAGAAAGCAAAAUUUGAAAAAGAACUAGCAACAUUAAGAGGGUAUGGAACAAACUUCGAUGCUUAUGCUGAAAUUAAAGAAAAUUUACGUAAAGCAAGGAGGAUGGGGUAUUCCUUUGAUAUUUUUGGUGAAAAGUCAAAGACAUUUGGUUUUUUAGAUGAUAUGAAGCAGAGCAAGUAAAAGUUGUUUCAGAGAAAUAUAGACUUAAAACUGUAAAAAUAUAUCAUUUAUUUCCAUGGUUCACAGUUCAUUGUUUUAACUAUGAGUUACAUUGUAAGAACAGAAGACGAUAAUGAUCAGAAUGAUUUAAACAAAUGUUAUGUGUACAAUGUUAUUCUUUAAAUUUGUUCCGUAAAUUAACAGUACAUAAGUAUUGAACACUAA